UCCCGCAGCUGAGGUCGGGAGCUGUCUGCGAAGUGAUUUUUUUUUAUUACUUUAUUUUUUUAAUCCCCGAGGCAGAUGGCUGGCGUGGGAGCACCGCCCGUCUCCGCUCUCCGGAUCUGUGCCUGGCUGCUCUCUAGCUUCUUGGGGCUCGGGAUCGUCGUGCUGUGAUGUGUGCCGGGGAGGACUCGAUCACCUACCCAACCUGGAUCUCACCGCAUUUUGGACAUGACUGAGCCUGUUCAGUGGGCCCGAUACCACUGGCAGCGGCUGAUGGGCGGUCCGAACAGGGGCGAGGAUGAGAGACCAUACAGCUAUUCCUCGCUGCUUGCCUGCGGGAGCAAGUCCUCUCAGACCCCCAGACUGGCAGGCAGGCACCGGGUUGUGGUCCCCCACCUCCAGCCCUUCAAGGAAGAGUACGAGAAGUUCUCUGGAACCUACGUGAAUAACCGAAUACGAACGACAAAGUACACGCUUCUGAAUUUUGUGCCAAGAAAUUUAUUUGAGCAAUUUCACAGAGCCGCCAAUUUGUAUUUCCUGUUUCUAGUGGUCCUGAACUGGGUGCCUUUGGUAGAGGCCUUUCAAAAGGAAAUUACGAUGCUGCCUCUGGUGGUGGUCCUCACAAUUAUCGCAAUAAAAGACGGCUUGGAAGAUUACCGGAAAUACAAAAUUGACAAGCAGAUCAACAACUUAUUAACCAAAGUUUACAGUCGGAAAGAAAAAAAAUACCUUGAUUGCUGCUGGAAAGAUGUUACUGUUGGGGACUUCAUUCGCCUUUCUUGUAACGAGGUCAUUCCUGCAGAUAUGGUCUUACUCUUUUCCACGGAUCCAGAUGGGAUCUGUCAUAUUGAGACUUCUGGGCUUGAUGGAGAAAGCAAUUUAAAACAGAGGCAGGUGGUUCGGGGAUAUGCAGAGCAGGACUCUGAAGUCGAUCCUGAGAAAUUCUCCAGUCGGAUAGAAUGUGAAAGUCCAAACAAUGACCUCAGCAGGUUCCGCGGCUUCCUAGAACAUGCCAACAAAGAACGUGUGGGUCUUGGUAAAGAAAAUUUAUUGCUUAGAGGAUGCACCAUUAGAAACACAGAGGCCGUUGUGGGCAUCGUGGUUUAUGCAGGCCAUGAAACCAAAGCAAUGCUGAACAACAGCGGUCCCAGGUAUAAGCGCAGCAAAUUGGAAAGAAGAGCGAACACAGAUGUCCUCUGGUGUGUUCUGCUUUUGCUUAUAAUGUGUUUAACCGGUGCCUUGGGUCAUGGAAUCUGGUUGAGUAGAUAUGAAAACAUACCCCUUUUUCAUAUCCCUGAGCCUGAUGGGCAUGUCAUAUCACCAGUGUUGGCAGGAUUCUACAUGUUUUGGACCAUGAUCAUUUUGUUACAGGUCUUGAUUCCCAUUUCUCUCUAUGUUUCCAUUGAAGUUGUGAAGCUUGGACAGAUAUAUUUUAUUCAAAGUGAUGUGGAUUUCUACAAUGAGAAAAUGGAUUCUACUAUCCAGUGCCGAGCCCUGAACAUCACGGAGGAUCUUGGGCAGAUUCAGUACCUCUUUUCUGAUAAGACAGGAACCCUCACUGAGAAUAAGAUGGUUUUUCGAAGAUGUAGUGUGGCAGGCUUCGAUUACUGUCAUGAAGAAAAUGCCAAGAGGUUAGAGUCCUAUCAGGAAGCUGUCUCUGAAGAUGAGGAUCUUGCAGACACCCCCAGUGGCUCCCUUGCCAAUAUGGCGAAACCGAGGGCCCCCAACUGCAGGAUGGCUCAUAACAGGCUCUUGGGAAGUAAAUCCUCAAAUCAUCUUGCUGGGAGCUGCUCUGCUCUAGGAAGUGGAGAAGGAGCCGGCGAAACGCCUCAUUCCAGACAGGCUGCUUUCAGUAGCCCCAUCGAAACAGAUGUGGUGCCAGACACCAGGCUUUUGGACAAAUUUAGUCAGAUUACACCUCAGCUCUUUGGCCCAGUGGAUGAGACUCUCCCAGACCCACCACAGGAGAGUUUGUACAUCAUUGACUUCUUUAUUGCUUUGGCAAUUUGCAACACAGUAGUGGUUUCUGCUCCUAACCAACCACGACAAAAGAUCCGACUCUCUUCACUAAGUGGAAUGCCCAUUAAGUCUUUGGAAGAGAUUAAAAACCUUUUCCAGAGACUGUCUGUCCGAAGAUCAAGUUCACCAUCUCUCGCCAGUGGGAAGGAGCCAUCUCCUGGGGCCCCGAGCGCCUUCGUGAGCAGGCUGUCCCUCUUCAGCCGGGUGAAACCGGCCUCACCUGCGGAAGGAGAGGUCUCCCAGACAGCGGGGAGCCCACAGGGCCCCGGGAGCUCUGCUUGCCCUCCAGAAAGAGAGAAACAAAACGGUGAUGCAGGCAUCGCCAACGGCAAGGUGGACGCCCUCCCUGAACAGCCCUUGACCUCCAGUCUGUGUUAUGAGGCGGAGAGCCCAGAUGAGGCGGCCUUGGUGUAUGCCGCCAGGGCUUACCAAUGCACUUUGCAGUCCCGGACACCAGAGCAGGUCAUGGUGGACUUCGCUGCUCUGGGACCAUUAACAUUUCAACUCCUACACAUCCUGCCCUUCGACUCAGUAAGAAAAAGAAUGUCCGUUGUGGUCCGGCACCCCCUUUCCCACCAAGUUGUGGUGUAUACGAAGGGUGCUGAUUCUGUAAUCAUGGAAUUGCUGUCCGUGGCUUCCCCAGAUGGAGCAAGUCUGGCAAAACAACAGAUGAUAAUAAGGGAGAAAACCCAGAAACACUUGGAUGACUAUGCCAAACGAGGCCUACGCACUUUAUGUAUAGCGAAAAAGGUCAUGAGUGACACUGAAUAUGAAGAGUGGCUGAGGAAUCAUUUUUUAGCUGAAACCAGCAUUGACAACAGGGAAGAAUUACUGCUUGAAUCUGCCAUGAGGUUGGAGAACAAACUGACUUUACUUGGUGCCACUGGCAUUGAAGACCGUCUGCAGGAGGGAGUCCCCGAGUCUAUAGAUGCCCUUCACAAAGCUGGCAUCAAGAUCUGGAUGCUGACAGGGGACAAGCAGGAGACAGCUGUCAACAUCGCCUACGCGUGCAAACUGCUGGAGCCAGAUGACAAGCUCUUUAUCCUCAAUACCCAGAGUAAAGAUGCCUGUGAGGUGCUGAUGGGCACAAUUUUGAAAGAACUUCAGAAGAAGAGCCCAGUCUCUCCAGAGCAAGCAUCUUUAAGUGAGGAUUUACACCAGCCUUCCGCCCCCCGGGACUCAGGGCUGCGGGCUGGGCUCAUUAUCACUGGGAAGACCCUGGAGUUCGCCCUGCAGGAGAGCCUGCAGAGGCAGUUCCUGGAGCUGACUGCUUGCUGCCAAGCUGUGGUCUGCUGCAGAGCCACACCCCUGCAGAAAAGCGAGGUGGUGAAAUUGGUGCGCAGCCAUCUCCGGGUGAUGACCCUGGCCGUCGGUGAUGGUGCCAAUGACGUUAGCAUGAUACAAGUGGCAGACAUUGGGAUAGGGAUCUCAGGUCAGGAAGGCAUGCAGGCUGUGAUGGCCAGUGACUUUGCCAUUUCUCAGUUUAAACAUCUCAGCAAGCUCCUUCUUGUCCACGGGCACUGGUGUUAUACACGACUGUCCAACAUGAUUCUCUAUUUUUUCUACAAGAACGUGGCCUAUGUGAACCUCCUUUUCUGGUACCAGUUCUUUUGUGGGUUUUCAGGAACAUCCAUGACUGACUAUUGGGUUUUGAUCUUCUUCAACCUCCUUUUCACAUCUGCCCCUCCCGUCAUCUAUGGUGUUUUGGAGAAAGACGUGUCUGCAGAAACCCUCGUGCAGCUGCCUGAACUUUACAAGAGUGGCCAGGAAUCAGAGGCAUACCUACCCCUCACCUUCUGGAUCACCUUGUUGGAUGCCUUUUAUCAAAGCCUGGUCUGCUUCUUUGUGCCUUACUAUACCUACCAGGGCUCAGACGUUGACAUCUUUACGUUUGGAAACCCCCUGAACACAGCUUCUCUGUUCAUCAUUCUCCUUCAUCUGGUCAUUGAAAGCAAGAGUUUGACUUGGAUCCACGUGCUGGUCAUCGUUGGGAGCAUCUUGUCUUAUUUCUUCUUUGCCUUGGUUUUUGGAGCCAUGUGUGUCACUUGCAACCCACCCUCCAACCCCUACUGGAUUAUGCAGGAGCACCUGCUGGACCCCGUGUUCUACCUAGUCUGUGUCCUCACAGUCUGCGUCGCCCUUCUUCCCAGGGUUGACAAACUGUGACUCAUAGAUCAAAUCUGGCCUGCUGCCUGAUUUUGUAAAUAACGUAUUAUUGGAACAUGGCCAUGCUCAUUAAUGACUGUCUGUGGCUGCUUCUGCUCUACGGCACAGUUGAAUAGUUGCAGCAAAGGCUGAAUGGCUUCCAAAGCCUGCAAUAUCACUACCGAGGCCAUUGGAAGAAGUUUGCCAACCCUGAUCUGUAACACCAUCAUCAAGCACAAUGGCCACAAACUUUUUUUGCUAAUGGACAUCCCUUCUCGAGAUGCACAAGGAAACCCACCUGAGUCAUUCUACGGUGGUUACAGUCGCAUACUUAACAAUUUCUCUUAAACAGGAGUGCUUCUGUAGUGCUCACUGUUUUUCCCAGCUCUAAGAUUUAAAAUACUGACAAGAUGAACUUGUAGAAUUUAUGAAGAAACAAUUACUUUAAAGUUAUAGCUUUCAGAAAUUCCUUCAAGAGUAUUACCAUUAAAAUUCUAAUAUUGCUAGGGUAGGCCGAAAAAAUGACCCCCUAAAAAGAUAUCCAUGUCCUAAUCGUUAGGACCUAUAAGUAGUACCCUAGUUAGCAAAAAUGGUCUUCGCAGAUGUGAUUAAAUUAAGGGUGUUGAGACAGGGAGAACAUCCUGUUUUACCUGCGUGGGCCCUAAAUGAAAUAGCAAGUGUCCUUAUAAGA